UAAAUUCCUUCCGGAACCAUUGAGCACUGAACUACUGUUCCUAGACGGACAUGUUUCUCCGACACGCUUGUUCACAGACGCGACGUUUGAAAUGGCUGUUACCCUUCACACAGAUCUAGGAGAAAUUAAAAUUGAAUUGUUUUGUGAGCGCUCACCGAAAUCCUGUGAGAACUUCCUUGCGUUGUGUGCCAGUGGCUUCUACAACGGCUGCAUCUUCCACCGAAAUAUUAAAGGUUUCAUGGUUCAGACUGGAGAUCCUACGGGCACGGGUAAAGGAGGAACAAGUAUAUGGGGUCGCAAGUUUGAAGAUGAGUACAGUGAGCACCUAAAACACAAUGUGAGAGGAGUGGUCUCGAUGGCAAACAAUGGCCCCAACACAAAUGGCUCCCAGUUUUUCUUCACAUAUGCCAAACAGCCCCAUCUGGACAUGAAGUACACCGUGUUUGGAAAGAUCAUCGAUGGCCUGGAAACUCUGGAUGAACUGGAGAAGCUGCCCGUCAAUGAAAAGACGUUCCGGCCACUGACUGAAACCCGGAUAAAGGAUGUGACCAUUCACGCCAACCCUUUUGCCGGAUAGACGAUUUUCUCUUUAAAACACGCAGAUAGACGUUUAACACAGGCUGUUUCCAAUAGGCCAGUUGAUACAGUGUAUAAUAGCUUGCCAAAGUUAAAGUGGAUAACUUGUCAGAGGCUGUAAAUUGGAGGGAGAGCACCUAGACCUUAACAAUGAACAGGACACUGCGUCUGAAACUGUAAAUGCUGAGUUUUCUUAAAAAGAUUAUGUUUUUAUCCCAGCAGUUUUAUAAAGGUAUGACUCAGAAUUUAAAUGUCAUUUGUCACCUUAAUCUCUGUCCGUGGAGUGGUGUGUGCUUAUGAAUUUUGGUUUGACGUGACAAAGUAUCUGUAAUGGAGAAGUAUAGGUUAUUAUUCACCUAUUUAUCUUCAUGCAUUCACUGUUUGGUCCAAAAGCAGAACACAUCCCCAUGACCUUCCCACUGUUUUGUAAUAAAUAAAACUUUUGUAA